UGGCCCUCCGCUCCUGGGGCCCGUUUCUCGAAAGCCCCGGAAACUUUUCGGAAACUUUUCCAUUUUUAGUCCAUCUGAAUCUAAAACCAGAGAAGUGCAUGCGCCYGAAACUUCUUGUAUGRAGRAACCUUCUCUUCAUAUUAAGAAUACGUGAAUAAAACAGCUCUGUAAUCGUAAGGUUCGAGAUUUUGCUGUGGCUUUACGGGCCCGAAAAGUUUUCGGGGCUUUCGAGAAACGGGCCCCUGCUCCGUAUUCUUGAAAUCAACCCGAAACCAUGCGACAACUGUCGAAAGGGACCGAAGAAUCCCGAAGAUGGCGUAACGCUGCUGUACAUUGACUGCGGAUUACUGCGGGCAUUUGACAGCAGUACCCAUGCGCAAUGAAAAGGAAAGCUGCCGGCCCACCGGAAUCUCCAAGAAAACAGAAAAUGUCAAAGGUAGCUUUGGAUAAAAACAAAAAGUAUGAUCGCCAGCUGAGGUUAUGGGGAGAUCAUGGGCAAGAAGCUUUAGAAGGAGCUAAGAUUUGCUUGAUAAAUGCAUCAGCCACUGGGACUGAAAUUUUAAAAAACCUUAUUCUUCCAGGUAUAGGAUCAUUCACUAUUGUGGAUGGUCAGAAAGUUACUGGGGAAGAUGUUGGUAAUAACUUCUUUUUGAACAAAGACAGUAUUGGAAAGUCUCGUGCUGAAUGUACCACUGAGUUUCUUCUUGAAUUAAAUUCAGAUGUUUCAGGAGAUUUCAUAGAGGAGACAACGGAAUGCCUAUUAAGAGAAAACAGUGAAUUCUUCAAGUCAUUUACUGUUGUCAUAGCUACACAACUGCCUGAAGAAACUUUGUUAAAACUUGGUUCAUUGCUAUGGUCAAGCAACAUUCCUUUAUUAGUAUGCCGCUCAUAUGGCUUCAUUGGUUGCAUGAGAAUUGUGCUACAAGAGCACUGUGUUGUUGAAUCACACCCUGAUAAUGCACAUCCUGAUCUCAGAUUAGACAGACCAUUCCCUGGCCUUGUGGAAUAUGUUGAUGCCUUAGAUCUUCAUACCAUGACAAAACAGGAACAUGGACACACACCUUAUGUGGUAUUGUUGUUAAAGUAUUUAAACAAAUGGAAAGAAGAGCAUAAUGGUAGACCACCACAAAAUUACAAAGAAAAAGACUUGCUUAAACAAAUGCUAAGAGGAGGAAUUUUAGUCAACAAAGAUGGUGUGCCUGAAGAGGAGGAGAACUUUGAUGAGGCCAUUAAAGCGGUGAACUCAGCUCUUGUUCCUACUAAGAUACCUAGUGACAUUUCUCAAAUUUUUUCUGAUGAUGCGUGUAGUAAUAUUAUUGAAUCUAGUAGUUCCUUCUGGAUUUUAGCAAAGGCAAUGAAAGNUUUUUUCGUUCUUUUUAUUUUCCUUUCCACAAUUUUCCUGACUGGUUAA